AUAUUCUAGUUUUCGUUUCAUUGUGUUGAACUUCCUUAUUUAUACGAAUUUAAACACAAACCGAGGAAACUUAAGCUGUAUUUUCAAGUUAUUUUGUACAACUGGAAAGAAAAGGAAACGAAGAGACUAUACAGGAUGGGACAAUUUUUAACUUUUCUAUUGACGGCGUUAUUGGCAGCUUUUGUGUUGUGUGUCUCGUCAACACCCGGUGGAAGGCCGUCGGUUUCAAGUGAGACUAUCAAUGUUAAAUAUGUUACAGAAGGUGAAGAUUUGCAUAUUAUGUGUAAUGUCACAGCUACAGGUCAGAUAUUAUGGAGUUUCGGUAUCACCGCUUUUGAAUAUGGCCCACUACUGAACAUUACAAAUGUUACAAGAAAAAAUACAGGAAUUUACACAUGCAGUGCCGUCGAUAAAACCGACAUGAAGUCAACAGAAGAGCGCAAUAUAAAAAAAGAUAUAUAUUCGUUUUUCCUGAAUGUAUUGUAUCCGGCGAAGAUUCUUCUGGUGAAUGUCUCUAAAACAGAGUUUCACCUAGGCGGUAAUUUCCACAUGCAAGUUCAAGUAGAAGGAAACCCCGAACCUACCACCACUUACAGGUCAUUGGUUGAUGGACAUUUAUAUUUUCAACAUAACGGAGAAGGAAUAUUAAACAUUACCAUUCCGUCUUUAAAUUGCACUGACAACGGCCAGUACGAGCUUGCUUGUAAAAACAGUCUAGCAAAUGCUACUGCCAGAGAAAAAAUUGUUGUAUUGUGUCCUCCGGAACCAGUUACAGGCCUAAAAGUCUCUGACGUCACAAUAUACUCGGCUAACCUUAGCUUUAUUACUGGUAACGAUCAUAAUGACACUCAAACAUUCUACAUUAUGCAGGAAGUUGAUGGAAACCUCACAGAUUUCCACAGAAAGAAGGAAGACACACCAAAUGACUCUGGUGGGAAACAUGUCUCCCUUACAAUCAAUGCUCUCAACGAAAGCACUCAAUACAGUCUCACAGUGGUGUCUGGUAACAGUCGGGGAAAUUCAACACAUUUUCCCAACAAUGUUCAGUUUUCUACAUACGGUAAACCAAAACCUGAUCCAAAGUUUCAUACGAAUACAACAUUAGAACCACGACUUGGUGACACUGUAACUCUGACUGCACACGCUCAAGGUUUCCCAAUUCCUGUGUUCCAGUGGCGGCACAAUGGCACUUCAAUAAACAGCACCAACGAUAACUAUACUAGCACCGUUCUCAUCAGAGAAAUUGUUGUCAACGAUUUUGGGAAAUAUACACUCAACGUGACAAAUAACUUUGGCUUCUAUUUGGAAGAUUAUGAAAUACUUGCAGAUGGACCUCCUGAUCCCGUCUCAAAUUUGAGUGUUCUAGAUGUUAACGACACAUGUGCUCACCUACACUUUAUAACCGGAUACAACUACAACAGUACCCAAACAUUUAUCAUUGAAAGAUACAAAGAUGAAACCAUUACCGAGCUAACACGGUAUAAGGACCUGACCAGCGGUAGAGGGGGCGAGUCAUUCACCUGUGAACUAUGUCAGCUUGAAGAGGAUACUCUGUAUAAUGUAACGGUUGUGUCCAAAAACUCACGUGGUGAAUCUCAGGGUGUUCUUGAUUCUGUCAAGUUUUCAACCUACGGAAAACCCAAAACAGACCCGGGACAUACAAGUAAUUCUACAUUUAAGCCACGCCUAGGAGACACCGUAUCUCUAACCAUUCAAGCUCUCGGAUACCCACCACCCGAAUAUGUGUGGUUACAUAACGGUACACAGAUAAAAAGCUCCGAUACCAACUACACUAGUACCGUAUAUCUAUCAAAUAUCACAGUUAAUGAUUUUGGAAAGUAUACACUCAACAUGUCAAACGAAGCAGGAUAUUUUGCGAAGGUGUACCAACUACUGGCUGAAGGUCCGCCAGCUCCUGUUACCAAUCUCAACGUAUCAGCUGUUACAACAACAACUGCCAAUCUCAGUUUUGUCACUGGUUAUGAUUACAACAAGACACAAACGUUUGUGGUGAUGCGAUAUGAAAAUGGAAACUAUACAGAACUACACAGAGUCAACGACACGCAUCCGGAUCCAGGGCAGCAAGAAUUCAGCUUUGUGGUAAAGAAUUUGUCCACAAACACAGAGUAUAAUAUAACAGUGGUGUCUAUGAAUAGUAAUGGUACAUCUACACCUGCAAAGGCUUUUGUAUCAUUCUUGACCGAGGGUAUUCCCGAGCCGGACCCAGCGUCGCCGGUUGUCAAUACAACUGCACCUCGUCUUGGAGCUAACACAACGUUUAAAGUACAAGCGGUUGGCAACCCUCUCCCUGUUGCUUUCACUUGGUGGCACAACAACGUACCUUUUAAACAUACAGAUCAUGGACUCACUACUAUGAUAGAAGUACAUAACGUUACUGAAGAUGAUUUUGGAGAUUAUGUUCUUAACAUGAAGAAUGAAAUUGGAAAUAAAAAUUAUACAUUUACAAUAAAGGAGGAUGGUCCUCCGGAUGCCGUCUGGAACUUAUCUUACAGCGAUAUAACUGCUGAUUCAGUUGAAUUAAAAUGGAUGGCAGGCUUUGAUUAUGGCAGUAAACAAUCUUUUGGAGUUAAAGGGACAGUCAAUGAUAAAGAAUUAAUAAAUAUCAAAGACAUAGAUGAUACAACAGGUGGAAGAGGAGGGCCGGAAUCUUUCAAAUUAGAAAAACUUGAGAGUUCUUCCAGCUAUAAUAUUUAUUUGGUGGCUAAAAAUGCGAGAGGUUCUGCUUCAAAGUCUGAUCCCGUCUCCUUUACAACACAAGCUGGUUCAAAAAAUGGAAAGGGUACAACAGCCGCGGAGUAUGUGGGAUAUGUGAUGGGAGGUAUCGGAGCAAUCGUGUUUAUUAUUGCAAUUAUAUCCGUGGUCAGGUGGUGUUCGAAACGAAGAAGUGAAGUUCCAUACGAAGAACUUCCUGAACGCCCGGAGGAAGAUGCACAAAUACAACCACACCACUAUCGAUAUGACGAUGCAGCCGCGCCCUCUGAUCUCUGAAAUGCCAUUAAAUUCUAAUAUUCUACUACAGCUGCACUCUGUAACGUCUAGAGCGCCACCUGUUUUUAUAACGUUGUCAUGGUAUGGUGCAGCCCCGCUGUUUUUCGUCUGAAAAGGCGCAUUUUCUUACAUUGCCUUGACAUAUACAUUUUUCUACAUAUAUGUGAACUAUAAGUCCAUGCUUUAGUAUAUUCUUUCAGUAUCUUUCCCUUUACAUUGAAAUUAAUUGUUACUUGUUUGACUGUGAUUAUUUUAUUAGUCGCUAAGUCGCUAGACGGAGCUUGCGAAUGUAUUUGAUAAACUCUAGGAUAUUGCUUAUGGUAGAAGAAUGCUUUAAACAUGAAGACUGUAAACUCUUUACAAGAUUAGUACAGAUAAACAAUAUAAUUUUUUUAUCUGUAUUACAUCGAUUGACAUUGUUUUCAUGGUGUUUGAUUAUCGCCCCUCAUCUGAACUUUCUGGUGUCAGUGUUAUACUUUAUAGACUGAUAAUGUCAAAAUAAUUAUACGUUCCUUUAUUUAGAGUUUUUAUCCCUUUUAUAGUAUAAUACUAAGCCUCUUCAUGGUUGAUUUAGUAGAGAACAUCAAACAUCUUUUACAAUUUGUUUCAAGACGUUUAAAAUGAUUAUGCAAUGAACGUGUUUCUUGUUUGAAAUGUAAGAUCAAUGUUUAUUUUGACUGUUUUACAAAAUGAAAAAAGAAAAUGCUGCAAAUAUUUGUAAUAUACAUAUAUUUGUUAUAUUAUCCCUCUGUAUAUUUAUAAAUGCUGUUUACUAAGAAACUUUUAUGUGUAUUUUUGUGAUUUUUUAAAAAUGGGAUGUUAUAGUAAAAUGAUGUCUUUGUGUAAGUUGAUAUUUCUAAAAUUGUGAGAUUGUUAGAUUUUAUUAACAUGCUGAUGUUUUAUCAAAAAAGAGACUUACAGUAUUUUUAAUAUAAUUAUUUGUAAAAUAGCAUAGGGCGGUUAGCUGUUUCGUUUAGUAUAUACAUUACUUUGUCUAAGUUUAUAACUCUGUACAAGUUCAAUAGAGUAGAAUAAAAUUUGUUUAUAAUGUAAGAAAUGUAACGACUUCAUAAUGUAAAUAUGGUAUGGCAAGAAGACAAAAUGACUGUCUGUGCAGAAUGUAUGUAUAAAAUUUCGUCUGAAACGUCCAUUUUCUAUUCGCAUAACGUAUUUACUAUGUUAUCAUUAAUUAUAGUCGAGGCUAAUAAUGUUUGCUUGUUACAAUUAAAAGAAGCAUAUUUAUUUUGUCAUUUGUCAAAACUUCUAAUUUGCAGGUUCGUUUAAUAAAGUCUAGUGAGCAAAUAGUAUUUUUUUUUAUUUAUCACAUAAAUCCAUAGUCCGAAAAAAUGUAUAAAUACUAUAAUAAUUUGUGUUUGCAACGUGUGUAAAAAAGAAAGAGUAUAACCGCGCCCAUUAUCGUAGUAAUAAUAUCAUAUGUCGACAUUAAAUAAUAUUCAUUUGAGAUAUUUUCUCUUAUUACAUACUCGUUUCUACUCCCUGUUAAGUUACACUGAUACCGGAAACGUCAAUAUUUUUCCAAACACUGACGCCUGAAUUCCAUAUCGGGUGCGUGACGUAAUUUAGUGUGUGCUGUUGCACUAUUUUUUCAUUUAGUUCAGUAUUGUCAAUCCUAUUUAGGCUGUUGAACAAAUUCAUAAUAUUUACAUUAAAUUUAUACGCGUAAAUGCGUAUGUAAUUAAAAUGUUAUUAUCUUUAUAUCGGGAAAUAUGCACUUGUUCUUCAGCGGAAGAAUAUUGCGCUCCUAAAGUCGCGCAAUAUUUUCCACUGAAGAACUCGUGCAUAUUUCACGAUACAAAGCUAAUAACCUAUAAAUAUUUUAUGAACGUCGUUACAAAUUUACAUUUCAAUGAACAUCUCUGAGCAUAUGCUUUAAAACAACUAAUGAAGGCUUUUGGAGUAUAGUGCCUACUACAUUGUGCGAUUUUCACCAUGCCAGCACUGUCUCCAAAUUUCUCCAGACUACCGACUCUGUCUUGUAAAUUAUCCGUAUUAUCGUCAAAUGUUCUUGUUAAAGACUUCAUCAGCUUACAUUGCGAGAGGCUUUUAUUUAUAGAUUCUAUGACCGCUUUUUUACAGUCCACAAUAUCUUGUGUAAUUUUUGUAAAUGUUGAUCAGUCAGAAUUUACCUUUUCCGUAUGUAUUUUAUCACUUAUAUGAGUCCUUUGUUUUUCAGAACUGAAAUUACCUUCUAUAAUGGAAACUGUUUACAUUCAUUGAAUAAAAAAUGUUCGUCUUGCCAGUCAGUAGCAUUUUAUUUUUUUACAAGUAGGAUAGAUAUUUUUAUGGCACAAUGAUUUGUCACGAGGUCUUUUUAUAAGAAACAAUUACUAAUGUUUUGCAAUUUGUGUUUUUAAAGCAUAAAUGAAUAGUUACUCUCUUUUUGUCUGAAUCCGCAGUUUUCAUACAGCUUUGUAUCUCUGAGAGGUAACAACAUCUACAAGAAAAUUUUGUACAUGUAUUGAACUCAACCUAGUAAAAUAGUCUGUUCUUGAGAGGUAAUUGAAUGUGUUGCGUCCCACAGGUUCCAUGGCAACGCCUUAUUAAUUGAACAUCUUAUGUUCUAAAACAUUGAACGGACUUUACGAUCAAAACGAACAAGAAAGUACACUAAGAAGUCCAAGCAUGGAAGACAUCUUACAGCCGUCUGAAAGACGAUACUUUGGAAGCAUAUAACUCAACUAAUCAAAAAGUAGCAAACUGGACUUAAUCAAGUCUCUUCGUGGGAGGUAAUGAAAUGUGCAAAAACCAUCACGCUCCCUAGUACCAGCUUAAGUGGAACAUUUAUAUUCACAAACAUCACUUGACUUAAAGAGAACGUUCUAAUGAGAUAAAGACAAAACCUCAUCGUAGUUUGAUACAUUGCAUGGGUAUUAUUUCGAAGUUUAAUGCCCAAGUUCUGGCGACAGUAAUUCUGAUAAAUGUCCGCUUCAUCCAAGUGAUAAAUACGCAACUUGGCUCACUUGUAAAACCUGUUUUAAAUGUGAAAAGUUUAGAAACACUUCCAAUUUAUCUGUUACUGACUUCAGAAAUUGCUGAAAACCUAUGUACCCUGAACAAUCUGUAAACGCAACAAAUAUUUCUUUUAAAUAACUCAGUUUGAAGUUUUACACACAUUUAGAACAAUACAUUGCAAAAGUGCAACCUCUUUAGAGCAACACCCUUUGAGAGAUACAAAUAUUGACUGUUAUAUAGAGGUUAUUGUUCUGGAGAGGUAAAUUUGAUAGUAAAGUUCAGCAUAGAAAAAUUUUGAUGAUGUUGUUAUAGAGAGGUUUUUUUUCUUAAGAGAUACUUAUUUAGAUACGUUAAACAGUUUUGAACAACUUUUGGCUCUCCAAAGGGUGGUCUUUAUAGACAGGUUUGACUGCAUAUUAAAUUAUGAUAAGUUGGUACCACGUUUUAAAAUUUCCGAUGUAAGACAAAAGAUAAAAAACAAUCAAUUGUUUUCAAAAAUAAUGACGUUAUUAUUCAAACUAUAUUUUUCUUUACCCUUCAGAAAGGAAACACUUUUGUGCCUUAAGUUCGAGUUUUAGGACCCAUGUUACCAAUAACAAAUCAAAACAAUAGAAAUUCUUACGUGAUUCCAAUGAACGCAACAAAAUAAUCCCUAGCAUAACUAUUGUUGCAGAGUUUAUUGUAAUGUUACAUACUACAAUGCCCUACCAAGAUAUUUACAAAAACAAUGCAAAUGGAGAAUGAAGAAAGACAUUCAUUUCGAUAGUUCGUGAAAACGUAUGACAAAAUUUGACUGUUUGAAAAUGACUCUUGUCAUGAUUAAAAGUUUGCUGAAUCUUUUUUCGAUUUUCUUAAAAUGGUUCUUCUAUAUGUAGCUUACAACUCAUGAAUCAAUACAAUUAAUGAAUUGACUAUUACCUUACUGUUGUUUUCGCUAUUAGAUUCACGUAAGAAUUCCUAUGGUUUCAAUCACCUGAAAAUUAUGCUUGAAUUAGACAAGACAGAUCCUUUAUUUUCACGUAUAUUUUGAGGAUGUAUCUAAUUAAGCAUUUAUUUCAAACUGCAUUUUUGAAAAUGACCUCAACAUGGACUUCUGCAAUUUGACUCCUUUAAGGUCAACACUUUUCGAAAGGGGGAUAACGCAUGGUAAGGCACUUUUGGAAGAAUGAACAUACGCAUAUGUUUGAAAGUUUUAUUAUGACAUUUCACUUUUUUUGUUAUUUUCCUGAGUAAGAAAUACUUUAUGCAUAUAUGAUAAUUUCUACAAACGUGUAUGACUGAGCAAAAUUUUAUUUAAUAUACACAAAAAUGUAGAAUAUGUUUAAGUUAACUUUUCAUUCAAACUUUGACAAAAUAAGGAUGUUAUUGUAUACACUAUGACCUUUUCUGUGUUACAAUCACACUUUCUUGUUGAAAAUAUUCAACGCGUAACUUUUUAUCUUUAUUUGAGUCUCAGCAAUGCGCACAGAGUACAGUCUACAAAAAUAUAAACAGCACAGUAUAAAAGUACAGUGCCACUCAUAUAACGAGUUAUGAGAUAUUUGAUGCAUAAACAUUAUAUGAUUCAUAGCGAUAUACUAAUUACAUAUCAUUAGAGCUAAGAAGCAGUUAAAACACUGAUAUAUGUAAACACAAGCAUAUAAACGAUAUCAAUCCGAUCACAUCGUAGCUAGCAGACUACGUCCUAAAAAUGAUUAAGACGCAUAGAAGGAAGUUUUUAUUUACAAAGAUGUAACUUUUUCUGAUAUAGGUUUUGGCAUAAAUUCUGAUGAGUGAAUAAUUUAAAAAUAUACAUGCAUAUAUAUUUAUACACCAUCCCAAUUUAUACAUUAUAUAGUCAAAUGAUUGACUUAUACAUUCUACAACAGACACUUAUAUAAAUAUAUUACGCAUUCAAUUCAUUCUAAUGAUAUGUAAACAAGAGGACCAUGAUGACCUUAUAUCGUUCACCUGAUUUUAGUUGCUUGCUUGAACAAAUUUCUUUGCUAAAGCUUAAAAAAAAAAAAAAAAAAAAAAAAAAAAAAACUAGGUGAGUAGGUUAUGUUAAAGAUUAUUCAAGACAACUACUGAAAUUUGUUACACAAUUAAACAGGUGUUCCAAAUCUCUUGGCAGUAGCUUCAAAAACAAAAAGGUAGAUCGGUAGGUCAGGGUUAAGAAUAUUAGGAAUAUUGAAGUCUGUAUCAAAAGUUAAACAUGUGGUCCAAAUUUCUAUGCUGUACCUUCAAAAACAAGACAGUAGGUCUACAGAUCAAGAUUAAGACUAUUCAAGAUAAGUAUUGAAAUCUGUAUCAAAACUUAUACUGGUGGUCCAAAUUUCUACGCUGUAACUUUAAAAACAAGGAAGAAGGUCGGUAGGUCAUGAUUAAUACUAUCUAAGAGAUGAAUAUUGAAAUUUUUCAAACAUUUCACUCGUGGUCCAAAAUUCUUUGCCAUUGCUUCAAAAGCAAAUAAGUCUAUGUUAAACAAGAAACCACCCGGGCAUGGCCUGUAUUGACCCCAAUCUUGGUAGAGAAUCGCUAGAACGGACCAGCCGUAUAGGAGGAUAUGUCGUUUAAAGCUUUUUAUAUUUUAUAUUUUAGCCCUGGCGGCCCCUAUGUGUAACCAAGCGUAACCAUAUCAACAACUCUGGCAGAGGUCCUCACAAAGAACAUCCAGGCCAAGUUUCAUCAACUUCCACCAAAUGGUUUCUGAGGAGAUGUUGUUUAUAGGAAAGUGUGGACGGACGGAUAGACGGACGUCUGACGGUGGGCGAUCACAAUUGCUCACCCUGAGCACUUUGUGCUCAGUGAGCUACAAAAAAGGACAAUCACAUAUUGUGUCAAUUACAAUAGACAGGUACAAUGUCUUGCACAUUUCUUUAAAACAUUUAAGGCUAUUUACAUUGCGAAUAUUUAAAGAUAUAUCAUUCUAAAAAUGUGUACAUUCAAAUAAAAAGUAUCUUUAAAAAUAGUUUGCGUUAGCGUUUGUACUUAAUGUUAACUUUAUGUCAGAUUGUAUUGUUUAUUAAUAAAAUUAGUCAUCGAUUCCCACACAUAAUUCUGUGUCAUGACAUGUUAUUAAUGAUUUGAAAAUUAGUACCAUUUAUAUAAAGUCAAACUGACGUUUGGAGAUUCUGUAGUUCCUUUUAAUAUUUAAAACAUUAUUUAUAUACACAUGCCUUUGUUACUUUUGACUCAUACGAUGGAGCAAUAGUACAAAAUAGGCAGAAUAUAUAUAGAACAAUAAUUUCGUACCAAAGUUGGAAUUAAUCACCAGUUUCAGUGUACUUUUUACAAAUAUUAUCAAUUAACAAGAACCAGUUUAAAUGAUGCAUAUGUCUAGAACGUGCUCAGUCAUGUUUUCAAAACUAUUCUAUUUAGUUUAUGAUAUAAUAUUCCUAAGUUGUUUGCUUCGCCUCGUGUCUAUCAGUUUUGGUUUAUUAGAAUUUUAUUGUGUACCGCCCUUCAUUUGCAUAUAAAUAAAUGUUUAUGUUAUCGCUUAUGUAAUGUAUGUCAUUUUUACGGAAAAUAAACAAUAAACAGAAAUUA